ACUUACGUGCUCAGUAAGCACUGGAUAUCCACAAAACAGCCUCCGGUUUUCAGUUAAUUUUGCGGAAGAAGACUUUAGUUUGAGUGGGGCGUUUGCUGCGGCAAGAAUAGAUUAAACUUAAGGUAAUACAGGCGCAAUGCAAAAUACAUUGGGUGUCGUUCUAUUAGGCAUAUAUUGCAAUGUAGCAUUAUCCCAAAAAGUUCGAACAUUUGAAAAGCCGUCACAUUGGCAAAGUAAAAUUUCAACAAGGUUAUCUGGUUCAUACAAAAUCGGUGACGUGAAUGGAGUGGGUCGACAAUUCGAUGGAAUCGGUGGUCUAUCAGGUGGAGGAGCAACCAGUCGUUUAUUGAUGAAUUAUGCCGAUCCUUAUAGAUCGCACGUCUUGGAUUUUUUGUUCAAACCAAACUUUGGGGCAUCACUUCACAUUUUAAAAGUGGAAAUAGGUGGAGAUGGCCAGAGUACUGAAGGAACUGAAGCAAGUCACAUGAGAAAUGCAAAUGAUGAAAACUAUACCCGUGGCUAUGAAUGGUGGUUGAUGAAAGAGGCAAAAUCACGAAAUCCAAACAUAAAACUUGUGGGGUUACCUUGGGCAUUCCCUGGUUGGAUUGGCCAGGGAACAGUGUGGCCAUAUAAAAACCGUGAGGUGACAGCUCAGUACAUUACAAAGUGGGUUCUUGGUGCAAAAUCUGAGCACAACUUGACAAUUGAUUAUGUUGGCAUAUGGAAUGAAAGACCAUUUGAUGUGGAGUAUAUUAAAACUCUCCGUCGUACUUUAAACUCUGCAGGAUUAAGUCAUGUUCAAAUUAUCGCCGAUGAUGGGUCAGUACUGUCUGCUAUUUCUAAUGACAUUAUGCACGACCAAGAGCUUGCAGAGGCUGUGGCGGUUAUAGGAACUCACUAUCCGGGGACUGUCUCAAGCAAAACCACUAAAAGCACAGGCAAGCCAAUAUGGGCGAGUGAAGACUACAGCACUUUUAAUGAUGUGAUUGGUGCUGGGUGUUGGGCACGAAUAUUGAAUCAGAAUUUGGUGAAUGGAAAUAUGACUGCUACAAUUGCUUGGAAUUUAAUAACAAGCUAUUAUAAUGAUCUGCCAUAUAAAAGAUGUAGUCUGAUGACAGCAAACCAACCAUGGAGUGGUAACUAUGUGUUAGAUGAUCCUUUAUGGGUAACUUCGCACACCACACAGUUUGCUCAACCAGGGUGGAAAUAUCUGCAGACUGUGGGCCAUUUAAGUGGCGGUGGGAGUUAUGUGGCAUUGACGGAUCAAAAAGGGAAUCUUACAAUUAUCAUUGAAACAAUGUCACAUGACCAGUCUAUUUGCAUCAGACCACCCCUGCCAGCAUACACAGUAGAAGACCAAAACGCUACUUUUGUUUUGGAAGGCAGCUUCAAAGGAAAAGUGACUAAAAUGCAAAUGUGGUUUACGCAGCUUGGACAAGCUGGAAAUCGUGAUGUAUUUUUAAACAAAGGAUCAGUUGCAGUUGACAAAACUGGGCAAGUAUCAAUCCAUUUGCCAAUUGAUUCCGUCAUCACUUUAUCAACAAUUACAACAGCAAUGAAAGGAAGUUAUCCAACACCACCUGCCCCUGCAGAAUUUCCCUUGCCUUACUCAGAUUCUUUUGAUAAAACACUCGGGUUUAGUGAACCCUUUAACUUUGCUGACCAAGCUGGUUCAUAUGAAACAUUUCAUAAUAAUACUAGUGACGAUGGCCACGAAUGGACAUUUAGACAGGUGGUGGAGGAACGUCCAGUGACUUGGUGCAGUGACCCAAAUCAAACAAUAACCGUUAUAGGGAAUUAUAAGUGGAGUCAUAUCACGGUUGAAGUGUCAAUAAAAUCUGAGUCAACAUAUGGUGCUUUCGUUGCAAUGAGAGUUGACAAAGGUGGUUGUGAUGCUAGGGAAGCACGAGGUGUUUAUUUCUGGCUUAUGAAAAAUGGUUCUAUCAUGCUAACGUCAGAUUUAACGGCCAAAACAAUGUUGAAACAAUGCUAUUUCUAUUGGGAAUGCUUUGUAGCUGACUAUUCUGAGUUGGGUUGGAACAAAGUAAAACUCACAAUUGAUUCAAGCAACAAAAUCCAUGCAUACUUAAAUGGGAAGCUUGCAUUAGAACAUACAAUAACAAAAGAUUCAAAUAUUCCUGAUAAUGGAUUUGUGGCAUUGGGAACCUCCGACUAUGGAACUGCCCAAUUUGAUGACUUUAGUGUAACAUCUGCAUAAAAUCUAACCACUGCAUUUUAAAACAUGCAUUGCUGCAGUAUUAUUCAUGAGAUUUUUUAAUACAAUUGUACUAAUUCCUAACUUUAAUAAUGUUUAUAAAUGGUGCAAUAUAUACUUCCUCAUAACAAUUAUUACUAUAUAUUAUUAAUUGCAAAUACUGGUAAUUCAUAUCUUUAUCAGCAAAAGUCAUAUAGUUUAAUUAUCUUAGAUCUAUUUGGCUUUUAUUCACCUAAUAAAAUUCAUUUACU